AUGAAAGUGGAGGUGUCGCAUGUAAACUUCAAAAAACGUAUUAAGUUUAACCUGUUUGCUCAAGCGCCUACUUCGUUCAAUCUAUUCACUAUCAUGAGCGUGAAGCGUUCUGUGACGCAGCUGUCAGAUUGUGUUGAGAAUAUAAGAAAUGUGUGCAUUCUGGCGCAUGUUGACCACGGAAAGACUUCCUUAGCAGAUGUUCUUUUGGCCUCCAAUGGCAUUAUAUCUUUUAGGCAGGUUGGCAAAUUAAGAUACAUGGAUAGCACAAAUGCAGAGCAAGAAAGGGGCAUUACCAUGAAAUCGAGUGUUGUUUCUCUAUAUUUUGAGGAGGGAGACCUAUUGGGGUCUACCGGUGAAAAAUCUCUUCCAUAUGUUAUUAACCUCGUUGACUCACCUGGCCAUGUCGACUUUUCCUCUGAAGUUUCUACUGCUGUUCGACUUUGUGAUGGAGCGAUAAUUGUAGUUGAUGUUGUAGAAGGCGUGUGCCCACAA